AUGUGCCGUCCGCCUCUGGCUUCCUGGCACAGUCGACAAGGCCCGUGCCGGCUGCCUCUACCUCUCCGACCUGCUACCGACACAGGCCCGAGUCCUCGCCGGCCUCCGUCGACCCUUGGCUGCUGGCCAGCUCCCUCCACCGGUCCCUCUGAUCCCACCGCGGUUUCCAUCCGCGGAGAGGUCGUCGUGGACCACAUUCGCGACCCUCGUUCCCCCAUCGACGCCUCCGACAACCCAGCCACCCCGCAACCCGCCCAGUCUUCCUCCAACACCGCCCUCUCAGCACCCAUCCCCCCGAACCCGCCGCCUGACCACGAUCGAGGCGCCUCUUCCCGGGCCACGGCUGCCGCGAAUAUAGAAUCUUCGACGGCCAGAGACCCCGAGGACCUCAGCGCCCCGCCACAGAUCCUGGGCCGACGACGGCGGUCCUCAACUCCGCAGACGCAGGGACACUCGGCCGUCCCAUCAGCUGGGCUUGCCGCCGCUCCCGCCGCACCUGCUGGAGCCGCUGUCGAGCACCCCCCGAAGCGGAGACGACGUGAUAGUAUACAUAUGUUGGCCGACGGUACCCCGCAAGGCCAGUCCAACGGCGAUGCCGCGACUCGGUCCAACGGCGAUGCCGCUGCCGCGGACCUGCCGGGCGUCAUGAACGGCAACCGCAAGGCGGCCCGCGCCACCAACGGCUCGUCGUCGAACGGGGCCGCCAAGUCCGCGGCAGAACGCCCCUCGACCUACUUUGGCCACAACCGCGAAGAGGUCACAAGGAUAUUGAUACAGGCAUUGUCAGACAUGGGCUACCAGGCCGCCGCCGAGAGCGUCAGUCGGGAUAGCGGCUACGACUUGGAGAGCAGUACAGUGGCGGCCUUUCGCUCGGCCGUGCUCGGCGGAUACUGGGCCGAGGCAGAGAAGCUCCUGACUGGCGCCACCGUUGCGGACUCCGGUGGUGGACAAGGUAAUGGAUUGGUCCUCUCCGCCGGAUCGGAUCGAAACCUCAUGAAAUGCUGGCUUCGGCAGCAAAAGUUCCUGGAGCUCCUGGAGCAGCGAGACACCGGUCGCGCCCUCACGGUUCUGCGUGGGGAGCUGACACCGCUGUAUCAAGACACCAGCAAGCUUCACUUCCUCUCCAGCCUGCUGAUGUGCCGCUCAACAGAGGAUCUCAAGGCCAAAGCCAGCUGGGACGGGGCCCAGGGACAGUCACGGAGACAGUUGCUCUCAGAGCUUUCGCGUAAGUACUCACCUCUGGUUAGGAACCGCUUGGCCGUUCUCCUGGAGCAGGUGAAGCAGAAGCAGAUUGAUACCUGUUUGUAUCAUACAGCAGCGUCAUCUCCCUCCCUCUAUUCCGAUCACUUCUGCGAUAGACGCAAUUUCCCCAGCGAAGUCGCCCUGGAGUUGAGUGACCUCGGCGAGAUCUGGCAAGUACAGUUCUCUCAUGACGGGACAAGAUUGGCCACGGGUGGGAGCCGGGAGGGAGUCACGAUCUGGGACACCAAGACUUUCGUCCAGGUUUUUGCUUUGUCUGACCACGAAAAGGGGGUGGGCAACGUAUCGUGGAGCCCCAAUGAUGCUUUCAUCGUGACUUGCUCGCAAGACAAACAUGCGAGACUUUGGGACGCCAAGGUAAGUAAUACUGGUUCCCUUCUCAAGAAGAUUAGGAAGUUUGAUGAGCCGGUCAGCGGCUGCGUGUGGGCAGCGGACAGCGCCUCGUUCGUUCUGGGUACCCUCGACAAGAGCCACAGCAUCUGCAGUUUCAACGUCCACGACGAGCAGAUGCUUGACUGGGGCAAAAAGCAUCGCGUCCAGGACAUAUGCGGCUCACCCGACGGUCGUUGGCUGGUGGCCGUGGACGAUAACAACAGCAUCCACGUUUACAACGCCGUGACGCGCGAGCUAGAGUAUGACUUGGACCUCGGAGCGAGACCGACGUCGGUGAGUGUCAGCCAGGACUCUCGACACCUGCUCGUCAACAAGCAGGACAGCGAGGCACAGCUCAUCGACCUGGUAUCGAGGAACUCUGUCCAGAAGUUCCUGGGCCACACAGGAGGCGACUAUCUGAUUAGAAGUGCGUUCGGCGGCGCCAACGAGAGCUUUGUCGUCAGCGGCAGCGAGGAUGGCAACAUUCUGAUAUGGCACAAGAUCAUUGGUGCAGCUGUUGAGAGGCUGCCCGGGCAUCUGCCGCGCUGCAACGCGGUGGCAUGGAACCCGGCAGACCCGUGCAUGCUGGCAUCGUGCGGAGACGACGGCACAGUCAAGAUGUGA